AAGGAAGGGGGUAUUUAGUGCUUAUCGGUCGGGUCGGGUCCAAAUCUAAGAAGUGUGCCUCCUGACUUUCUCUCUACGACACAAUUUGAAGAAGAAAAAAAAGCUUCUCACGAUGGUUCUGGAGGCGACAAUGAUAUGCAUCGACAACUCCGAGUGGAUGAGAAACGGAGAUUACUCACCCUCUAGGUUACAAGCUCAAACCGAAGCUGUCAAUCUUCUCUGCGGUGCCAAAACCCAGUCGAAUCCAGAGAACACGGUGGGGAUCUUGACAAUGGCAGGGAAAGGAGUUAGAGUUUUGACGACGCCUACCUCUGAUCUUGGCAAGAUUCUCGCCUGUAUGCACGGCCUCGAUGUUGGAGGAGAGAUUAACUUAACGGCAGCCAUCCAGAUUGCUCAGCUUGCUCUUAAGCAUCGCCAAAACAAGAAUCAACGCCAACGGAUUAUUGUUUUCGCUGGAAGCCCAAUCAAGUAUGAAAAGAAGGCCUUGGAGGUUGUUGGCAAAAGGCUCAAAAAGAAUAGUGUCUCUCUUGACAUUGUCAAUUUUGGUGAAGAUGACGAUGCCGAAAAGCCUCUGAAACUGGAUGCCCUCCUUUCUGCUGUCAAUAACAACGAUGGUAGCCACAUUGUACAUGUUCCUUCUGCUGCCAAUCCUCUCUCCGAUGUCCUCCUCAGCACACCUGUAUUCACUGGUGAUGAGGGUGCAAGUGGGUAUGUUUCUGCUGCAGCUGCUGCCGGUGGUGACUUUGACUUUGGUGUUGAUCCAAAUAUCGAUCCAGAGCUUGCUCUCGCCCUUCGGGUCUCCAUGGAGGAGGAGAGAGCAAGGCAAGAGGCUGCUGCUAAGAAGGCAGCUGAUGAGGCAGGUCAGAAACACCAAGAUGGGGCUUCAGCUUCUGCUUCUGCUUCUUCGCAGGAGACGGUUGCUAGGACAACUGAGAAGAACGCUGAACCAAUGGAUGAGGACAACGCAUUGCUAAAUCAGGCAAUUGCUAUGUCCGCAGGUGAUGUAAACAUGUCAGAAGCGGCGGAUGAGGACCAGGACUUGGCUUUAGCUCUUCAAAUGUCAAUGAGUGGGGAGGAGUCAAAUGAAGCUAUGGGUGCUGGAAACCUCUUAGGAGAUCAAGCUUUCAUAUCAUCUGUUCUCUCAUCGCUUCCAGGGGUGGAUCCAAAUGAUCCAGCGGUUCAAGCGCUGCUAGCGUCUCUGCCAGACGAAUCAAAGCGUAACGAGGAGGAAGAGAGUAGUAGCAAAGGUGAGGAUGAGAAGAAGUGAAGAGGAGACGAGACGUAUCAUGAUGGCUCUCAAUAAAAUUCCUGUUUAUCUCUUUGGUUUGGUUUUGAUAGAGAGAUCAUAUUGGGACUGAUGAAGAACUCUUGUAUUAUUAAUCUCUCUGCCUUGUGACCUUGUUUGUUCUCUCGCUUUUUCAUUAGUGUUAUUAGUUGGUUCAAAAAA